CGUGAAAACUUGCACAUGGCGCAGGACACGGCCCAUUUGCAUGUGAAUCCAUUUAUACCGGACAGUCUCUUAGCAACCACACAACCCCCGAAGCCGGAAGAUGUCGGUGAUUCGAUGAUUGAAAUGUGCCAGAAACGCAAACGCCUGGCCCUGGACCGUGGACGCUUACAAUCGGAUUUCGUGGAGGUCAAAAUGAUUGGCUCGGGGGCGUUCGGUGUGGUUCUCCAUUGCAUCAAUCGGCUCGAUGGCUGCGCUUAUGCCAUCAAAAAGAGUAAAGUGCCAGUGAUUGGCUGUGCCUACGAAAAAAGCUUUCUGAACGAGGUUUGGGCUCAUGCAGUGCUUGGCAAGCACAAUAAUGUGGUGCGAUAUUUUUCCGCAUGGACGGAGGAUUAUCAUUUGUUGAUACAGAACGAGCUGUGCGAUGGCGGCAGCCUGCAAGCCCGCGCCGAGACGCAAUGCUUGGGAGAAUCCGAGCUGAAGAUUGUCCUCUUGCAUGUGAUCGAGGGCUUGCGCUACAUGCACUCAAAUAAUUUGGUUCACAUGGAUUUGAAACCUGAGAACAUAUUCUUGAGCAUGAACCCAAAUGCUCGCAGGCUUGAAAUCGAAGAGGAUGAAGAGCUGAACAGUGUCUAUGGGGGCUUGCGCCCUUUGGAGAACCUGGUGACAUACAAAAUCGGUGAUCUGGGACAUGUGACGUCACUAAUGGAUCCGCGUGUGAAUGAGGGCGAUUGCCGCUACUUGGCCAAAGAGAUACUCAACGGUAACUACUCGAAUCUCUUCAGUGCGGAUAUAUUCUCGCUGGGCAUCACCCUGUUUGAGGUAGCAAACCGCAUGCCUUUGCCCAAGAAUGGCCAAAUGUGGCACAGCCUCAGAGACGGCAAGGUUCCCUAUCUGUCCACGCUGAGCAAGGAAUUCAACGAUCUUAUAGGCCAAAUGAUGCACCCAGAUCCGGACCAGAGGCCUACAUCACAGUCCAUAAUUAGGCAUCCAUUUCUAAGCUCAAUUGUAAUCAAGUGCAAUCAGCAUAUCGACCUGGAGCUGACAAUGGAAAAGCGUAGGAGCGAGAUCCUAUUCAACAGGCUGCAGAAGGCAAAGGAACAAGUAAAACUAUUCGAAGAAAAAGAGAAAAGUCGCAUGUUGCAGACCGAGCCAUUACCAGCCAAGUCCAUAUUUUGGAAAUGGUUCAAGAAAUAAUUGACUAAGAGUUCGAAUUCCAACAGAGACUUUGCACUCGGAG